AUUGGCUGGAAGCUAUUCACCGGCAUAUUUGAACGCUGCCUUUGCGAUUUGUUGUGGGCGACUGUGUUUUCACAAUUGAAAAGACCGACGGUCUCAGCAUGCUGUCCGAAGAGGAUGGUGCCGAGCUGCAGUGCACUGUCGCAGUGGAACGCUUAGAUGCAUCGGGUCAGACCCUUAAACGCCAGCUCGUGCGGCGCGCACACGUCACCCUGGGCCGCAAUGAGUUUCAGGAGAUCGUCCUGCGCGUCCACGACGGCAGGGUGCCGCAGACCUUCACGCUCCGUGAGAUGCAGCUUUUUACGCGUUUCGCCCGGGACGGCAAGAGCACCAUCAAGGUAGUCCCUGAAAACACCCAGGUUCUGAUCUCCGACUGCCCCCCGGAGCGCCUGCGUGUGUUUCUGAAGACCUUGAGCAUCAAGCACCAAGCUUGGCAAGGCAAGACGCCAAUAGGAGACCGUGCCAAGCUACUGUCUGGGCUCCCACGCAGCUUUGAGACCAUCAGCCCCCUGCAGCAGAAGGACAUACAGCAAGCAAACGAGCUCCGGGGCAAAGUAAACGCACCGCCGCCUCCCAGAGGACCAGCCGAGAGGCAUGGAAACAGGAGCGCAGGGCGGCAGGUGAAGAGAGAGAGCCCGGAUUACAGCGAGUGCAGUCCGGUUAAAGAGCUUCACCCAGCCAAAAAGCCCACCCUCCAUCUUCCCAUUGGGAGAAAAUUGUCAAAAGAGCAAUCGCAGGUCCUCAGCGCUGUUUUGAGUGGGAAAAACGUCUUUUUCACCGGCAGUGCUGGCACGGGCAAGUCCUUCCUGCUUAAGAGGAUUGUGGGAUCCCUGCCACCCAAAAGCACCUAUGCCACAGCAAGCACCGGUGUUGCUGCCUGCCAUAUUGGUGGCACCACCCUGCACAGCUUUGCCGGCAUUGGGUGUGGCUCCGCCCCGCUGGAGCGAUGUCUGGAACUGGCCCGACGCCCCGGUGUCUUGCAGCAGUGGACCAGCUGUCGACACCUCAUCAUCGACGAGAUCUCCAUGGUGGAGGCCCAGUUCUUUGAUAAACUUGAGGCCAUCGCUAGGGCUGUUCGAAGGUCCACGCAGCCUUUCGGCGGUAUUCAGCUGGUGGUGUGUGGAGACUUUCUUCAGCUUCCGCCUGUCACCAAGGGUUCGGGCAAACCCAAUUUCUGCUUCCAAGCCCGCAGCUGGAGGAAGUGUAUCCAGCUGAACAUGGAGCUGACAGACGUCCGCAGGCAGACCGACAAGCGAUUCAUCUCUGUCCUGCAGGCAGUGAGAUUGGGCAGGGUAACAGAGGAAGUCACUGCAGCACUAAUGAAGAGUGCCUAUCACAGCAUUGAGAGGGAUGGUAUCCUAGCAACAAGGCUGUGCACACACAAAGAUGACGUGGAGCUAACCAAUGAGAAUAAGCUGCAGCAGCUUCCAGCUCCCCUCCUGCCUCCAGCGGCGGUGCACAUCUUCGAGGCUGUGGACAGUGACCCCCAGCUCGUCCAGACCAUCGACUCCCAGAGUCCCGUGGGGCAGGUGCUGCGGCUCAAAGUGGGAGCCCAGGUGAUGCUGACUAAGAAUCUAGAUGUGCAGAGAGGCCUGGUCAAUGGGGCCAGGGGGGUCGUCGUUUCCUUCCAGCCCGGAAGUAAAGGCCUGCCUGUUGUUCGCUUCCUGUGUGGCGUGACUGAGGCCAUGAAGCCAGAGCGUUGGGUCUUUAAGACCACUGGUGGCCUGUACCUGAGCCGCCAGCAGCUACCACUCAAACUAGCCUGGGCUAUCUCCAUCCACAAGAGCCAGGGCAUGACCUUAGACUGUGUGGAGAUCUCCCUGGCACGGGUGUUUGAGAGCGGCCAGGCCUACGUGGCGCUGUCCCGUGCCCGCAGCCUGCAGGGUCUCCGUGUGAUGGACUUCAAUGCGCGGGUGGUGCGGGCCGAUCCCGACGUCCUGCUCUUCUACCGCCGUCUGAGGAAGGAGCAGCUGCUACAGCAGGGCUCCAUGGAUGAGUUUGUGGAGAGAAACAACAGAGAGAACCAGGUGCUGUGAAGGUCCGACGCUCUCCGCCCAGACGGCCUCGGGCACCGUGUGCACACCGGCAGCCUCCGACUGGAGCCACUCCUUUGGCUGUAAAUUGCUCUGAAUCCCGUUACUUUAGUAAUUGUUUCAUUAACUGGUCUUGUCUAGCGCCCACACAGAUGGCUUUGGUGUUUUUCCUGCUGCUACAUGAUGUAAGGCUAUUUGAAAUACCCAUUCAGUAGUCUCAGAAACGGUUAAAUUAUUGUAAUUUAUUUUUUUAAAUAAAAUGUUCUUAAUUUUUA